AUGGGAAAAGUACGAAUGCUUCAUCCAUCGUCAGGACGUAACAAUUUCGAUACAGUCUCAAAUGAAACAACAGCUGCCAGUAAUGAUGAUCAAGUAUCACAAACAACUAUCAAGGAUGAAGGUUUAGGAGAAACAACUAAUAUAAAAGAAAUUGAAGAAAAAACAAAAGAUGCUCUCAAAGUUGCUACUGCAUCACUAUCACAGGCUUCACCAAAUAACAUCAAUAAUGAUAAGAAAGAAUGA